UGGCAGCACGAUCUUGGCCAGGCCAGCGGAAAAUAACUCAUACGCCCAGACAGCCAGACAGCCAGAUAGCCAGACACUCUGGCGGAUGAUUAAGCCGAUCGAUUCUAUCGUUUCAAUUUGUGAUGGAAAAUUCGGAGCUAUUCGUUUGAUAAUUAAUUUGGGAAAUGUUUUUCAUUAGUUCGGCUUUCGUUUGGCCAAGAAAAGUAUUCCAUUUGGUCGUUGAGCUCGACUUUUCAUUGCCAUUUCUUCGAUGGUGGGAAAGGAGUUGCAUUCCCCUCUACAGAUUGAUUAUUCAUGGCAUUUCCCAACUUGUAUAUUUCUUUGUACAUAACAUACGUCUACGGGACGUGUCUGAAAUGUAUAUAAUUCGCUCCCGCUCUCGCUCGGACAUUUUUGUUGCCUCAAUUUAUCGACUAAUUGCUUGGGGCCGCUUCAAUUAGACUCCCUCCUGCUCUCUCCCUCCCCUCAAAGCAUUUUGCCUGGUUGCACAUAAAAUGUCUGUCGGCUGUUCCCCGACUCUCUCCUGUCUCUCCUGUGUCUCCUGUCUCCUCUCAUUAACUCAACGGCGCGGACAGGCAGCCCUCUAGAAUUUUGUUCGCAGGGUCGCAGCAGGGCCAUCCAUCGCGCAUCUGCAGGCUCGAAUCGCAAGCCCAAGGACCAAUGCCCUGGACAGAACCACGUUCGGAAUGCGGAAUGUUCUCUGGCCAGAGCAGAGCCCGUUGCCAAUUUCCGGCAAAUGGCAUUGGGCAGCGGGAAAGGCCGUUGGGCGUAAAUUAAAAUUAAAUUCAAAUGGAAAAGUGUCGUUGCCGCCGCGACCCGUACCCGGACCCGGACCCAAACUCGGACUAUGACACGGCGGAUGGGCGUGUUCGUAUACGACCGUUUGGCCAUUGGCACGUCUGUCGGUUUAUGCAACAUUUUAGCAAUUAUAUUCGCGUUGAGCGACAUUACAACGGCAAUUACACGCAGGAGCCACACAGUUUGGGAACGGGAAUGGGAAUGGGGAUGGCCAUUCGAUGCCUGGCUUGGCUUGGCAUGGCUGUCAUCAUCACGUGGAGCAGCAACGUGAUCCACUGACGCAUAGCUCUGGACUGGCCGCCUGUCACUGGCAGACGACGGCCCAGGGCCGGCACUGACUGACACUGGCUGGUCGACUGACUCCGCUGACAGGACAUAAAGUGCACGAAAAAAGAAAAAACCACCAACAUUAAUAGGCGAGACAUCCCACGUCCAUAUACGACUAAGGAAUGUUCUAUCUGUGGGGAUAAAUGGGGGAUAAAUAGUUCUGCUUGAAGAAAAUUGUGUCCUUAAGAGUUUUUAAGGGAAAUUUGAACUCAAAAUUGAUUUGUUUAUUUUUUGUGCAAUUAAA